GUUAAACCUCAUCGAAGAAAAAGAGGAAGAUGUAGCGGAUCGAGUAGAGGGAGAGAUAAAGACAGGUUGUUAGACAACACGAUGGCUUUGCGGCACGGUCUGGACUCGCAGAUAGUAAUAGUUGGCUGUGGAAUAUCUGGUAUUGGAGCAGCUUUGAAGUUAACCAAACAUGGUUUCCGCAAUGUGAGGAUCCUGGAAGCGACGGGACGUAGUGGAGGAAGGAUAAAGACAGGCAGAAUGGGUAAUAACAUCAUAGAGAUUGGUGCUAACUGGAUCCAUGGUCCGUCGGAGGCUAACCCAGUGUUCUGUCUGUCCAGACAGUACAGCCUGCUGGACCCAGAGAGCCUGACUCAGGAGAACCAGGACCUGGAUAUAGGAGGUCACCCACCAUGGGUACCAAACUGGUUCUCCAGCUCUGGUCGUAAGCUGACUCCAGAGCUGAUGGGUCCUGCUGUAGAGCUGUUUGCUGAGCUGUUGGAGGAGGGAGGAGAGUUCAGCGAACAGGGAGGAGAACCAUAUAGCAGUGUAGGGGAGUUCAUACGGGCAGAGGUGCGUCAGCGUGCAGCAGAGCGGUGGCAGGGUGACAGUCCGUCCUGUCAGUCUGUCCGUCUGUCUCUGAUCAGUACUCUGCUGAAGGCGGAGUGUUGUGUGAACGGAACACACACUCUGGACACGCUGGGCCUGGGAGCCUUUGGACUGUACAAGACCCUGCCUGGAUUGGACUGCACCUUCCCCCGAGGUUAUGAAGGGUUAAUCUACAACUUGAUGAAAGAGCUUCCUGCUGGGAUAGUCUCCUACCGUCGACCAGUCAGCUGUGUCCACUGGCAGAGGGUGGUGAGGAAAGGAGGGAGAGAGCACCCUGUAGUGGUGGAGUGUGAAGAUGGAGAGAGAAUCCCAGCGGACCACGUCAUCCUCACUGUCCCUCUCGGUUAUCUGAAGAAGCAUCACGGUACCCUCCUCUCCCCUCCUCUACCCCUCCACAAGCUGCACUCUGUCCAGAGGAUGGGCUUUGGAACCAACAACAAGAUCUUUGUGGAGUUUGACCAACCCUGGUGGGACGACGACUGUGAGGUCAUAUACCUGGUCUGGGAAAACGAGUCAGACUUGGUGGACCAGGUAUCAGAUGUGGAGAGACUCUGGAUCAAGAAACUGUUUGGUUUCACUGUCCUCAAACCCACUGAGCGGUAUGGCCAUGUGUUGUGUGGCUGGAUCGCUGGUCAUGAGUCUGAGUUCAUGGAGACUCUGCCAGAACAGGAUGUCACACACUCCAUAACACACCUGAUACGCAGGUUCACAGGGAACCCAACCAUCACCCCACGGCGUGUCCUGAGGUCUCAGUGGUUCCAUGACCCAUGGACCUGUGGCUCCUACACGUACACCGCUACUGGAACCUCACUGCAGGAUAUACACAACCUGGCUGAACCACUACCACAACAAGGGGAACAGCCUCUCCAGGUGUUGUUUGCUGGAGAAGCCACCCAUCCUUCCUUCUUCUCCACCGUCCAUGGAGCGCUGCUUACUGGCUGGAGGGAAGCUGAUAGACUCAUAUCUCACUACUCCACCCCCAGCACCUUCCAGCCAACCAGAUCAAAGCUAUAAGGAGAACAACUCACUCUUGUUGUGAAAGUGUUAUAUACUGAACAAAAAUAUAAAUGCAACAUGCAACAAUUUCUAAGAUUUUACUGAGUUACAGUUCGUAGAAGGAAAUCGGUCAAUUGAAAUGAAUAAAUUAGGCCCUAAUCUAUUGAUUUCACAUGACUGGGCGGGGGCGCAGCCACCCACUUGGGGGCCAAGCCCACCCACUGGGGAGCCAGGCCCAGCCAAUCUGAAUGAGUUUUCCCCCCCACAAAAGGGCUUUAUUACGGAC